GUCGGGUGGAUGCUGGAUUACCUGAAUGUAAUCACGAAAUGAUAAACUAUGAUUGAUAAGUACCUAAGCUCCGGCAACAAUCUGGCUGUACAAUAAUCAGAGGCUAAUUUCCCCCCACGUUACACCUGAACAUGGACGAAAAUGACGGGAACAGACGGGUCUUUGCCUUGGAGCAUGAAGUGAAGAGUUUGACAGAGGAGCUCAGCCAGUGUCAGGCUGACAAAGAGUUUGUGUGGUCACUGUGGAAACGCCUUCAAGUGGCCAACCCGGACCUCACGCAAGCUGUGAGCUUAAUUGUGGAGCGAGAAAGAGGGAAAGCUGAAGCUAAGGACAGGAAAGUGCUGGAGAUCCUUCAAGCCAAAGAUUACAAAAUACAGGAGCUGGAGCAGAAAGUGACAGGGCAGCAGCAGGAGAUAAACAACCUGCAGCGGCGGCGGCAGCGCGGCGAUGGGGAGCUGGAGCUGGUGAAGACGGAGCUGGCAGCUCUGCGGCAGCGCCAGGGGAAUACCAGUCGGGAACUUAAGGAGUGGAGGCAGCGCAGUGCGCGGGUGGAGGAGGAAGGGCGGCGCGUGGUGAGCGCUCUGGAGGAGGAGAAGCGGGGAUUAGAGGCGCGCGGCGCCGCCCUGCUGGCUGACCUGGAGAGGGCGCGGGAGCAGCACGCCCAACACACACACCGCCACGACCACAUCCACGCCACAGUCAAGAAGCUGGAGCAGGAGCUGGCCAGUGUGAAGCAGCAGGUGUGUGACGCUGAGGGGCGCGUGGGUGACCUCUCCGUCCAGCUGAGCGACCGGGAGCAGGAGCUCGCGCAGAAGGACCAGUGUGUGGCCCAGCUCAGGCAUGAGCUGCAGGGGCUGCAGACGCUGUACAGCCAGAGUGUGGAGCAUGUAGGAGAGCAGGCGCAGCUGAUCCAGCAGCUGGAGGGCCUCAACCUGGACACCCAGAGAGUGCUGCGGAGCCAGGAGCAGGCCCACACCGCAGACACCGUCUCCUACCACAAGCUCUAUACAGAACUCUGCGUGACCCACCGGGCGCUGGUGUGUAAUGAGUCUCAGCUCCGGGAGAGAGAGGCAGGCCUGAGCGCGCAGCUCCGCGAUAGGGACCAGCAGCUCCACGAUAGGGACCAGCAGCUCCGCGAUAGGGACCAGCAGCUCCGCGAGAGGGACCAGCAGAUCCAGCAGCUUCAGGAGCAGCUCCAGCAGAUCCAAGCAGAGCUCCAACAGCAGCAGGCGAGGCAGAGCAGCUCCACCACAGUCUGCACACAGACCAGACAGACCAACUUUGAGCAGCUCCAGCAGGAGCCGAGGCUGGACACGGCUGAGGCAGAGCAGGACCUCCACGGGGCUCUGGAGCUCCAGGGCCAGACUCCACUCUCACUGCCCCAGCCAGGAGAGCCCACAGGGGGCCCCGGCCACAGCGAGUGCCCUGGACCCAAGAGCCGACAGUCACGGGGAACGCAGGAUGCACUGGGGCGGCGCUCCAGGUCCCUGUCCCCGCGGAGCAGCCGCCGAGCGCCGAUGGAGGAGGAGAAGGAGGAGGAGGAGGAAGAGGAGGCCAAGAUCCAGAGGCUGCAGGAGCUGCUCACGCUCAAGACUGAAGAGAACGAGGUGCUGAAGAAGGCCCAUGACGGGCGGCAGGAGCGCCUGCGUCUGAUCCAGAGCCACUACAGGAGUGUGCGAGAGCAGCUGAAGCAGGCCGAGGAGGCCCAGGGCAAAAGCUGUGUGCGGCGCGUGCGUGCGGAGGCCUGUCAGCUGCGGCAGGAGAACAGUGACGGCGUGUGGAACGAGCUGGCCUUCUUCAGGAGGCAGAACAAGAAGCUGCUCGCUGACAAAGCCAACAUGGAGGAGGAGCUGGAUGUGUUGAGAGUGCAGGCUGCCGUGGAUCGCACCACCACACAGGAGCUACGUCUGUGCCUGGAGCAGGAGUACCAAGAGCUGCUGAGGAGAGUGGCCGCGCAGGAGCCUGGGGUCAACAGCAGCACACCCGCCAAACCCAGCGCCCGCCGCCUCCACCAGUCCGUCCUCAGGGUGGAGCAGCUGGAGAGGAAGAUGGAGUCCCUGGAGGAGGAGGCGCGGCGGCUGCACCAUGACAACCAGGAGCUGCAGGAGGCCAACGCCGCGCUGGCCGACGCCCACAACGACCUGCAGGCCGCCCUCCAUCGCCUCCGCGCCCAGAGGGCCGCCCAGGAGGAGGCCUCCCAGGCCAGAGCUGCCGCCGAGCGGGAGAGGCUGCUAGGCGAGGCCCAGGCUCUGCAGGCCGAGGCGGAGGCGUCCAGGCGAGAGGCCGAGGAGGCCGGCCGAGAGGCGUCCAGGACCAGGCGGCGGGCGCUGCGGCUCAGGCAGGAACUGGGCGUGGCCCGGGCCGAGCGGGACUUCCUGCGCAAGAGCGCCACCCGGCGCCGAGCCAAGGGCCCCGCGGCCCCCGUCAGCAGGAGCAGAGUCAGGAGCGUGCGGAGCCGAACGGCCCCCCCGGCCCCCCCGGCCCCCCCGGCCCCCCCGGCCCCCCCGGCCCAGCACAGAGCCACGAGGAGAACCAGCCCAGCCAGAGACGGCUGGGAAGACCUGAGCGCAGACAGUGCCAGUGAAGAGGAGUACUCGGACAGCCUGGACAGCGCGCCGGCCGUCACCACCGUGCGGAAGAUGACCACUCACAGGGUGUACAGGUGCGGCAGCGGCAGCGUUGGCAGCGUUGGCAGCGUUGGCAGCAGGGCGUCCCUGGCAGAGCGGAGCGUGGCGGAGGAGUUGAGCGUGGCAGAGCCCUCGUCUCCACGCUGCUGUGGGCACGAGGGCCGUGUGAGGAAGAGGAGGCGGCGGCCGAAGAGCGUUGUCGUGGAGACGCGUCCGCGGGUGCUGGGUCUGCGGCAGCAGGUGUGUACGCUGCAGCAGGAGCGGAGAGAGGCGGAGCUUCAGGCCCGCCAGCACAGCCACGCCCUCCAGCAGCUCCGCACCCAGCUGCACACCACCAACCAGAGACUGGCCAGCAGCAAGCAGCUAACACAGAAGCUGAGCACUGAGCUAGCUGGCGUGGAGCAGCAGAAGAAGGUUCUGGAGAUGGAGCUGGAUCAGUGGAGGCGUGUGCAGGUCCAUCUCCCAGCAGCACCAGCCCCCCCAGCCCCCCCUGCCCCCCCAGCCCAGCCGCCCCCCGACCCCAGUGGCCCUGCCCUCAAGCAGCUGGAGGCAGAGGUCAAGCAGCUCCAGAGCAAACUCAAGAGCUCCAGUAACGAGGUCACCAAGCACGCCGCCGCCAACAGGAGCUUGAAAGCAGAGCUGGGCCAGAAGGAGCAGCGCCUCCAGGAGCUGCAGGAGAAGCUGGGUCAGUCGGAGAGGGCAGUGGGCAUGAAGAAGCAGCUGGUGGAGGACCUGAAGACACGCCUCAAGUUCUUCCAGGAGACCGAGAAGAGCCUCAAGGGUCAGCUGGAGGAGCUGGAGAAGAAGGUGAAGACGCUGUCGGAGGAGGCGUCCAAUAGGAAGGCCUUUGUGGACUCCCUGAAGCGCAGGCUGAGUGUGGCCACCGCAGAGAAGAGCCAGUACGAGGCCUCCAGCCUCAAGCUCCAGGAGGACCUGCACAAGAAGGAGCAGAAGCUGCAGUCUGUGCAGGCGCGCGUGGGGGCGGGUGAGCGGGCGAUGGCGGAGCUGGAGGCGGCGGCGUCCAGGCAGAUGCACGGGCUGACCCAGCAGAGCACGCAGGCCCUGCACACCGCCAACAGCCAGCUCGGCCUGGCCAGCGCACAGCUGCAGCAGCUGCACACCUUCAUCCAGGCGCUGGCCCGUGAGGUGGAGCGGGAGGCCCAGGCGGUGCAGGAGGAGGUGAGGAAGAGGAAGAGGCGGAGGAAGGCCUCCGUCCAGGGAGACGGCCGGCUGUCCAAGAGCUCCAUGGUGCGGGCGCAGUCCAUCGCCGCGUCCAUCCUCAACAUGAGCGAGCGGGACCUGGUGGACAUGCUGGACACAGACGAGGAGGCGGAGGAUGGCAGUGGGGAGCAGAACUGGCUGCAGAGCAUGCAUAAACUCCUCCAGCACCAGAUCCCCUCUGCAGAGCUGCUGAUGGACGCCAUGCUGGCCAAGAUGAAGGAGAGGAAAGUGCUGACGGAGGAACUGGCCACGCUUGAAGCAGCAGUCAGCGAAAAAGCCUGACCGCAGGAGAGAGAGCGAGGGAGAGAGAGAGAGAGGGAGGGAGAGGGAGGGAUAGAGGGAUAGAGAGAGGAAGCGCGGGAGAGAGCGCGAGAGGGUCUGUCAUCAUCCUCCUCAAACGUUGGGAGUGCCCAGGCUCGCAGUGGGAGCCCCAUUUGGCUGCCACGGCCAGAGCUGAAGGAGUGUUUUGAAGAACCCUUCAACCUCUCCAUCUCUCCCUCCUCCUCCUCCUCCUUUUUCCCCUCUUCCUUUUUUUUUUUUUUUUUUUUUUAUCCGGGAGCGGGCCACUGCUAGCCUGAUGUUAACAGCCCUCUGUCCACUCUGUGUCCGUGCACACUGUGUGGCAUGUGUGUGUGUGUGUGUGUGUGUGUGUGUGUGUGCGUGUGUGUGUGUGUGUGUGUGUGUGUGUGUGUGUGUGUGUGUGUGUGUGUGUGUGUGUGUGUGUGUGUGUGUGUGUGUGUGUGUGUGUGUGUGUGUGUGUGUGUGUGUGGCUGUUGGAGUGGCCUCACUGAUCUCAGGACUCCCUCCACACUGCAGGAGAGACCCUGGCCACAGUAUUGCUGUGCACAGUCCAGUCUGGCCAGCAUGUUUGGACGUUUAGAAAGGCCUCUUCAAACGCUGACCGUGUGGACAAUCAUGCCCCAUAUAUGGUAGC